GUUUGACAAUUGGACCCCGCAGCGAGCUAGAUGUGCUGCUAGUUGGAAAUGACGGCUUUCAGUUUGUGCGUUGGAGCGAGGCGGACACUAAACUCAAGGGCGGAGUCGCGGCUGGGCGGAUCAUGGGCGACAAGCUCCAGGCAGGACCGGUGGUGGCCCCCCUCGUCACCCUCGAGGCCGCUUUCAGGCAGGUGAAGCCGCCACCAGGAGCAUCCCUCCACCAACACGCGCUUCUCUAUGUGGUUGAUACCAGCGGAGACGCCACCGGCUCCUGGGUUCCGGCAGCGACAUCAGCCCCUGGCAUCUUUGACACCCGGCCCCGGCACCACCUGCCUCCGCCAGGCCCGCCCAGCGGCCGGCCGCCCAGUUCCCAGCAGCAGCAACAGCAGCAACAGCAGCUACGGCGGCUUGCGAUGCAUUCUGGCACCCAGUCGCUUGAGCAGCCGGCAGCAGUCAGCGGCCGGCAGCAGUCAGCGGCCGGUUUGUGGGCGCCGGCGCCAGCCACGGUGGUUGUGUACGUGACGGACGAGGAGGUGCAGCAGUGGCCGCCAUGUGGCCUGCUCGGCAGCAGCUACCCAACGGGCGAUGAGCCUCCCAAGCGGCGCGCCCGUGGCAGCAAAUUUCUACGCGGGUUUCUGCUCGGGGCUGGCGGCUGGGGCAGUGUGACCGGGCACGUGUCGCCCAUCCACGGGGACGUGGCUGUCAAGCAGUGGGUGCACGCAACACCCGAACACGCCUCCAGUGGGACGCGGCUUGCAAUUGCCGUGCAGAUGACAGUCCUGCACCCGCGGGUACUGCGGCUGCGUGGGUUGGUGGUACACGCCCAGAGCAAGCAGCUCGUUGGACUGGUGACCGACCUGUUCAACCUUGGCUCCCUGUUUGACGUCCUGAACAUGGACCUGGUGCCCACGGCGGAAGGGGCGGCAGCUGCUGGCGCGGCAGCGGCAGGGCCGGCAGCUGCAGGGGUGGCAGCUGCAGGCGCGGCAGCGGCGGGUGCGGCAGCGGCGGGCGCGGCAGCGGGAGGGGCAGGGGCGGCAGCGGCAGUGGCAGGGGCGCCAGCGUCGGGCGCGGCUGUGUCAGGCGCUGCAGCGGCAGGGGCGGCAGAGGCAUGUGCCGCAGCGGCAGGGACGGUGGCAGGGGCGGCAGCUGCAAGCGACGCAGCUGCAGGCGCGGCAGCGGCAGGGGCGGCAGUGGCACGGGCGGCAGUGGCAGGGGCGGCAGCGGCAGGCGAGGGCGGCGACGGCCCGUCCAUGGUGCCAUGCUCAAGAACCGAGGGCGGCGCGGCUGCUGCAAAUGGCCGGGACGGUGACGGCAGCUUUGAUGGCCUCCCUCUGCGUGACGUGGUUCACCUGCUGUGUGAUGCGCUAGAGGGCGUGGCUGCGCUUCAUGACAACGGCCUCAUUCACCGUGACCUGAAGCCCGCAAACGUGCUGGUACGCUCGCCGCCCACCGGAGGCCUGGAGGCGGUCAUAGCCGACUUCGACUUGGUGGCAGAUCGCCUGGCCGUGUGCGGGAAGGCCGGCACACCGGGAUACAGCCCGCCAGAGGCGUGUGAGGAGGACAGUGGCUUCAAGCGCCUCAAGGCGCGAUCGGGGGCAAUUGUGCAGAAGCAGUGGCAGAGUCACGAUUGCUCAUUCGACUACCACAGCGCGGGUGCGUGCGUGGUGGCGGUGGCGGUCCACGACGAGAAGGAGCUGGAGGCCCACAUCAAGGCCGUCCGGGAAGCCAAGAUGAAGAGCGAGUACGAGCCCAUCGUGAAGGCCGUGCAGAAUGCCCACCCGGCUGUGGACGUGGAGGUGGUCGAGGAGCUGCUGGAGGCGGCGACGGAUGCUCUGCGGCACUUGGCCGUGAUUCGGCUGCAGGAGACGUUUAGUGCUUUCCGGGACACCGGGGACUCCUCCAGGGGGGCCAAGAUGCGGGCGUUUGUGCGCCGACUGCGCUCCAUCGUGGACAAGGGCGUCACCAAUCCCGGACGCCCAUGCAUUCCGGCGGGGCUCAAGCUGGUGGCGUAGUGGUUGAAGUCGGCCCUGGCAAGGGGGGUGGGGGUGGGCGUGGUCACGUGCGGGCGGCUGGGGGCGGGCAGUGGCAGCCCCGUAGAUCGAUUUUAGGUUUGCACUGGCGCCUGUUUAGCAAGUGGGUUCCGUCUCGACCUGGCGUUCUGUCAACAGCAGUAGGGUUGAGCAACCGUGACUGGUAUAGUGAGUGCACAAGACGGAAGGCAAGUUCGGUGGCCGAGAGGCAAGUGCAUGUGGCAUGUAGACCUGUCGUUGCCUAAAAGGUUAUGACGGCAAGUUAUGAAGGGUUGGUUUGCCCGACAGAGGGCCACCGUUGCACGAAGUAGCAGCCCUCCUAAACCAGAGGACAGUCUGCUAGACGCUGGGGGGGGGGGGCACGAGCGCCGAAGUGUAAGAUGCAGUUGCG